AGUUUGGCGGGCCUGGGCUGCGGGAGCUACGGCGGGCGGGAGCCCGGGGCCCGUGUCGUCACAGCGUGGCACUCGCCGGCCCGGCGGGCAACAGGGCUGGCAGAAGGCGGACGGCGGCCUUGCCCCCACGGUAAUCGGUUUUCUCCCGGCGUCUCUUCUGCAGAAGGAGCACCAUGUCCGCGGAAGUCCCCGAGGCAGCGUCGGCCGAGGAGCAAAAGGAAAUGGAAGAUAAAGUGACUAGUCCAGAGAAAGCUGAAGAAGCUAAAUUAAAAGCAAGGUAUCCUCACUUGGGACAAAAGCCUGGCGGUUCUGAUUUUUUAAGGAAACGAUUGCAGAAAGGGCAAAAGUAUUUUGAUUCUGGGGAUUACAACAUGGCAAAAGCAAAGAUGAAGAAUAAGCAGCUUCCUGCUGCAGCCCCGGAUAAGACAGAGGUCACUGGUGACCACAUUCCCACUCCACAGGACCUUCCUCAGCGGAAACCAUCCCUGGUUGCUAGCAAGCUGGCUGGCUGAUUAAAAGAACUGAACUGCA